CCCCCUUCACCACCACAUGGACCCCUGAGAAUCGCCUUUGCGCCCUCGCUCCGCCGCAGCCGCGGCGCGCAGAUGCGGCGCGCUGAUGCGGCGCGCCUGGAUGCCCGCGUUCCUCGCCGCGUCCCGGCCGCUCGCUGAGGCUCUGAUCCGGGGGAGCGGCUGCCCGCGGCGCGGCAGGAUGGUGCACAUCGUCAGCGCGCUGGGACUCAUCAUCUUCAGCGUGGCGCUGCUCAUCCUGUCGCUCAUCAGCUACGUGUCCAUCAAGAAGGACUUCCUGCCCGGCUCCCCCAGAUACGGACCCAACGGAGGGCCCAGGAUGUACAUGUUCCACACGGGGUUCCGCUCCCAGAUGGCCAUGAAGUAUCUGGAUCCAGACUUCACUCCUCUGACCAACGCUCUGAGCGACGACCUGCAAAACGCCUCUAAAUGGAGGUACAACAGCUCUGCUUUCACACAGCUCAGGACGGAGAUCUCUCAAUACAUCGACAUCCCCCGCAACUUCACGCUGACCCGAGACUCCGUGCGAGUCGGCCAGCUGAUGCACUUUGACUACUCCAGCCACAAGUACGUCUACUCCAUCGGCGAGAACUUCCGCUCGCUGCUCCCGGAGGCCUCGCCCGUCCUCAACAAGCGCUACAACGUCUGCGCCGUGGUGGGAAACAGCGGCAUCCUCACCGGCUCGCGCUGCGGCGCCCAGAUAGAAAAAUACGACUUUGUCUUCCGAUGCAACUUUGCACCGACGGAGAUCUUUAAGAAAGACGUUGGGCGUCGGACCAACAUGACGACCUUUAACCCCAGCAUCCUGGAGAAAUACUACAACAAUCUGCUGACUGUGCAGGACAGGAACAACUUCUUCCUGAGCCUGAAGAAGCUGGACCGCGCCAUCCUGUGGAUCCCGGCGUUUUUCUUCCACACGUCCGCCACGGUGACCCGGACGCUGGUGGACUUCUUCGUGGAACAUCGCGGCCAGCUGAAGGUCCAGUUGGCUUGGCCCGGAAACAUCAUGCAAUACAUCAACAAUUACUGGAAAACCAAGCAGUUGUCUCCAAAGCGCCUGAGCACUGGGAUCCUGAUGUACACGCUGGCAUCCUCCAUGUGCGAUCAAAUCCAUCUGUACGGAUUCUGGCCCUUCGGCUGGGAUCCCAACACCGGAAAGGAGCUGCCGUACCACUACUACGACAAGAAGGGCACCAAGUUCACCACCAAAUGGCAGGAGUCCCAUCAGUUGCCAGCAGAGUUCAAACUCCUCUACAAGAUGCACACAGAAGGACUGCUGAAGCUCAGUCUUUCUCACUGCGCUUAGGGCUACAACUGAAGCGCUCAUUUAAAAUGCUAACCAGCACAUCCAACGCACUAAAUUACAGAUCCAGACGUGGAUUUGUGCCAUUUAAGGAAAAGCUAAAUCAGGACUCUAAGAGUAGAUGGGUCAGGUUUUGGGAAGAAGCUAACCUUGCAAAUGGCAACAAUCUAUUACAAUGAUGUGUUCGUUUUAUAAGGUUUAAAAUGAGAAAUUAAUCAAGCUCUUUUAUAUUUUCUGUUUUUUUUUUUGUGUGUGUGUCUUAUAUGCUAAAUCUAAAAUUUCAGAGUAUAUUUACAACGUUUGACCAUCUCAACAUCAUUCUGAAGUGUGCAGAGAGCAUUUGUGGACUUCAUUGCUAGCGGGGCUCUGGAAGAUGUGUAGCUAACAGUUAACAGCCAUUUGGGUUUAGUGUGACAAUGAUGUGUUUAAUAAUACUGACUCCCUCUUUUAAAAGAGUUUAUAUAGCCCCAGAUGUUCAAUGAAAACCAUAUUUAUGUUAAAAAAAAAAAAAAAAACUCUGACGGUUUGUUAGUUUCUCUAGAUUGCUAAGUCUAUUAGCCUUUGCAUAGCAAGUUUAUGCUAGCCAUGCUAGCUGGCCAUUUUUUUCUUCCAUUGCACUUUCUUCUCCUUCUUCUUCUGAUGUCAAAGUCACUUUAUCAUUUAGACCAGGGCUUUCAGUAAACCAGAGAUAUAUUGAAAGAUUUACUGAUGGUUGGCUGCCGUAAAGCAUCCGUAAUGUUCAGAAGCUAAUGUCAAAAGCUAACAGCUGCUAGCUGCCAUUCUGGUUCUCAGUGAGACAUCUAUUUGCUUUCAAAUUCUACAGUGUUAAGUUGACAAACACAAUUAGCUUCUUGAAAAACACUAAUAAUCAGGUCAAGUAGUUUUAUUAAAAUUAUACUCAAACAUUAGCUGAUGGUUUCCUGGCAGCCCUAUAAAAAUGCUAAUGCCCAUUUGCUAGUGUAAAAGCCAAUAACAGUUACCUGUAAUUUCUAUUUUAGUGUUGUAA